AUGGCUAUCACACGAUCUCCCCCGAGCCACGAUGAGGAAGGCGACCACCAGUCCCAUCAACAGGCGCAACCCACUCCGGUACAACCCCCGGCGGUUCUGCACCAGCACUCCCUCUCCAACGCAUCGACUGUGACCGUCGACAUCGAGUCCUGGACCGUGGCCGCCCUCGAGUCGCUCCGCAUCGCCCCCAUUGCCCGCGGCACCGGUAACACCCUCUCCAUCCCGCUCGAUGACGCCCACCAACAUGCCGAAUCGGGCGAAGUUCGAGAUGCCGCGGGGAUGAAGCUGCGCAACGUCGCAUUCGACGGCAACGACGAUGCCUACGGCGCAGCCAUUACCCCGCCGCGCCGCCCGCCGUCGCGACGCGACAGCAUGCACAGGCGUGACGCCCUACUGAAGGGCAAGGAGGGCAGCCGGCAGCGCAGGCGGUGGGAGAACGACCACCUCCUCCACGUCCCCAACGUCGUCCCGCCGCUGCCGUCCGACUGGCAGAUCCGCCCGACCCACCGCGUGCUGCCGACGGUGCCGUACCAGCUGGCGCAGUUCUGGGACAAGGGCCUGCGCGAGCACGUCGAGGCCCAGAAGCACAAACAGCAACAGAAAAAGCACUCGCGCCGCCGCAACGCCGCGGGCGGCGCCCGCCUGGGCCCGGACGACGAGGAGACCCCCGUCGGCCACGUCCCGCGCGACCUGCGCAACACGGCCAAGCGCACCCCGGCUGUCAAGUCGUGGCUGCGCGUGCUGGAGGAGCCCGUGCGCGCGUUCGUGGUCGAGCGGGGGCUCGCAGCUGCUGCUGUUGCUGCUGCUGAGGGCGGAGAGAGCAGCAGUGACGAGACGGACUCGGACGACGAGGAGAUUGUUUUCGUGGGGCGCAACGGCCGCAUGCGCGACGGCAAGCCGUGGAAGCCGGCCAAGCGGCAUGUGGCCGGCGGCCAGGAAGGGGGCGAGCGCGGGCUGGUGUUGGAGAUGGAGAUGGAGGAGGAGGCGGGCGGUGGCGCGUUGAAGCGCUGGCUUACCCACUCCAUCUCGGACUACUACGGGCUCGACUCCAAGUCGGCCAUGGUAGGCACCCCUGCGCGCCGCGUCGUCUACGUCGGCGUCAAGCAGAAGCAGACGCAGACGCAGACUGCGACGCGGCAUAACCCUCCCACCCGGCGGUCGAUGCUGCCGCCGCCGCUAUGGGAGAUGUUUUAA